CUAAUAAUUUCAUUAUUUGUUCUUGGAUCUGUAACAGUGUGGAUGAACACAUCCAACCAUCCAUUAUCUCCCAUAAAAUUGCUCAUGAAUUAUGGUUAGAUCUGAAGACCAGAUAUGGGGAUCGAAUGGACCUCGUAUUCAUCAAUUGAAGUUUGAGUUUCAAUCUUUGCGUCAAAAAGGACAAACUGUGGUCGUUUAUUACAAUCAAUUUGUGGCUUUAUGGAACAAGCUAUAUGGAUUUGUUGAUCCAACUUGUGGUUGCCGGUGUGAGGUUGCAGCUCUAAUUCGGGCGCGUGAGGAACAGGAGAAAACCCAUCACUUUUUGCUUGGUCUUGACGACGAACAAUUCGGUCACAUCCGAUCUCAGAUUAUUGCCACCGAACCUGUUCCGGACAUACACCGAGCUUAUGCUCUUAUCGUUCAAGAGGAACACCACAAGAGCAUUGUCCGUGGCCGAGAUGACCGUACGGACGCUCUCGCCUUUUCCAUGCAACGUCCCGCUCCUACCAUGGGUCGUGGAGACCCCCCUCAUUAUUCAUGUACACAUUGUGGAAAAGAUGGACAUUCCGUGGAUCGGUGUUAUCAAUUGCAUGGAUACCCGCCCGGGAAGGGGCGUGGGGCUUGCCGCGACACUACAUCCGGCCGAGGGGGUCGCGGCAGUAGCCGAGCACCGUCCGGCGGCAGUGGGACCCCUGGCCGUGGGGCUGGCCGAGGGGUAGGAUCGGCGACAGGGGGAGCAAAUGCAGCUAUCAACUCCAACGCCUUGGGCCUCACACCCGAUCAAAUGACCCGGUUACUUUCCAUGCUCGACGUUUCGUCUUCCGACAAGGAUACCAGGGCUAGUGGUGAUGCAACAUCUCGUGAGUGGCUUAUUGACAGUGGCGCCUCUCAUCACAUGACUGGAGCACCAGCUGUAGACCUUCAUGUAUAUUUCCUUAGCAUAAGGACAGGUGCAGAAUAGAUGGUGGUUGUCCUCAACACCAUUUUGGCAGAGAAGAUGAGCCAAAGAAUAAUUUUGUGCUUUGGAAUGCUCAUAUUCCUUUUAACAAUUAUGUUUAUGAUUGGGCCCUUAAUUAAAAAUCACAAACAUUUCAAAUUUAUUUAUUUUUAAAUACAACAUCUAAGUAAAAAUAAAAUCAACAAUCCAUGUUAAAAAUAUUCAAAACAUUAAGAUGGACAAUUAAUUACACCAACUUCUAACCCCAAUGGAAUUUAGAAGUUCAUAGUUUGAAGCUUAAACAAAUAAAUAUUUAUUACAAUAAUAAAAAUCUUACAAAAUNUCAAUUUUAGCUCAUAUUCCUUUUAACAAUUAUGUUUAUGAUUGGGCCCUUAAUUAAAAAUCACAAACAUUUCAAAUUUAUUUAUUUUUAAAUACAACAUCUAAGUAAAAAUAAAAUCAACAAUCCAUGUUAAAAAUAUUCAAAACAUUAAGAUGGACAAUUAAUUACACCAACUUCU